GGGGCCGGGCGGCUGUUUCCUGUCCUGGUGCAUGGUGGUCGGACGAAGGAAUUGUUGGAAAAUUUUCUCGGAGGUACAAAAUGUUGUUAGCGCAAAUAAAUCGGGAUUCUCAGGGAAUGGCAGAAUUUCCGGGAGGAGGAAUGGAGGCUCAGCAUGUUACCCUAUGCCUGACAGAGGCAGUAACUGUUGCAGAUGGUGACAACUUAGAAAAUAUGGAAGGUGUAAGUUUACAAGCUGUAACACUUGCAGAUGGCUCCACUGCCUACAUACAGCAUAACUCUAAAGAUGGGAGACUCAUUGAUGGCCAGGUCAUUCAGUUGGAAGACGGCUCUGCCGCCUAUGUUCAGCAUGUCCCCAUACCUAAAAGUAGGGACAGUUUGCGGCUGGAGGAUGGGCAAGCAGUGCAGUUAGAAGAUGGAACCACUGCGUUUAUUCACCAUACUUCUAAAGAUAGUUAUGACCAGAGCUCACUUCAGGCAGUUCAACUAGAAGAUGGAACAACAGCUUACAUCCACCAUGCAGUGCAGGUCCCACAGUCUGACACCAUCUUGGCCAUUCAGGCGGAUGGCACAGUGGCAGGACUGCACACGGGGGAUGCCACAGUUGACCCCGACACCAUUAGUGCGCUGGAACAGUAUGCAGCAAAGGUGUCCAUUGAUGGGAGUGAAAGCGUAACAAGUACAGGAAUGAUUGGAGAAAAUGAGCAAGAGAAAAAAAUGCAGAUUGUCUUACAAGGACAUGCUACAAGAGUAACUCCUAAAUCUCAACAGACUGGAGAGAAGGCAUUUCGAUGUAAAUAUGAUGGAUGUGGAAAACUCUAUACAACAGCUCAUCAUCUUAAGGUCCAUGAGCGCUCACACACAGGAGACCGGCCUUACCAGUGUGAGCAUUCAGGCUGUGGGAAAGCAUUUGCAACAGGUUAUGGAUUAAAAAGUCAUUUCAGAACUCAUACUGGAGAAAAGCCAUAUCGGUGUUCAGAAGAUAAUUGUACAAAAUCAUUCAAGACUUCAGGAGACCUACAGAAGCACAUCAGAACCCAUACAGGAGAAAGGCCCUUUAAGUGUCCUAUUGAAGGCUGCGGUCGGUCGUUUACAACCUCGAAUAUCAGAAAAGUGCACAUUAGGACACACACAGGAGAAAGACCUUAUUACUGCACAGAGCCAGGAUGUGGGAGGGCAUUUGCCAGUGCAACUAAUUAUAAAAACCAUGUGAGGAUACACACAGGAGAAAAGCCAUAUGUGUGUACAGUCCCUGGGUGUGACAAAAGGUUUACAGAAUAUUCCAGUUUGUAUAAGCACCAUGUUGUUCACACUCACUCUAAGCCGUACAACUGCAACCACUGUGGGAAGACGUACAAACAGAUCUCCACACUGGCCAUGCACAAGCGGACAGCCCACAAUGACACAGAGCCCAUUGAGGAGGAGCAGGAAGCCUUCUUUGAACCGCCCCCAGGUCAAGGUGAUGAUGUUCUUAAAGGGCCCCAGAUCACAUAUGUUACAGGUGUAGAAGGAGAGGACAUUGUGUCUACACAAGUGGCCACUGUGACCCAGUCUGGGUUGAGUCAACAAGUUACACUCAUAUCCCAGGAUGGGACUCAACAUGUCAAUAUAUCUCAAGCAGACAUGCAGGCCAUUGGCAACACCAUUACGAUGGUAACGCAGGAUGGCACGCCCAUCACAGUCCCCACCCACGAUGCAGUCAUCUCCUCAGCAGGAACACACUCUGUUGCUAUGGUCACUGCCGAGGGCACAGAAGGACAGCAGGUUGCAAUAGUGGCUCAAGACCUGGCAGCAUUCCACACGGCUUCUUCAGAAAUGGGGCACCAGCAGCACAGCCAUCAUUUAGUGACCACAGAGACCAGGCCUCUGACCUUGGUGGCCACAUCCAAUGGCACCCAGAUUGCAGUUCAGCUUGGAGAGCAGCCAUCUCUGGAAGAAGCUAUCAGAAUAGCAUCUAGGAUCCAACAAGGAGAGACGCCAGGGCUGGAUGACUAAUGCUCAGAACCACAGAGCGAUGAACCGGGAGGAAGGAGCCUUUCACCUCCUGUGGCAGGAAUCCCAAGCCCCGCCCUCAGCGCAGAAGCACUGUCCACGUUGUUAUGCAAGAGUGGAGAACAUUUUCUUCUUGACACUUUUGUGUACAUAGCCCCUGGAAUAAAUUCCCAAAGUGAUUCGUUGUGUCCGAGGAAGUAUGAAAUGAGGGCACGGCAGCAAUUCUUCACUUUACUCUGUCACAUGGCAGAACCCGGGAAUCCACCCGUAAGACCCGCAAGUUCUGAACAGAGUCAAAGUGAGUCUUCAAAUUACUGUGGGGAAAAAGCCUGUAUCUAAUGUGCCGAAGGUUCUACAUGUCAAACAAUCGCACCUGCAGAGCCAUCCCAGAGAAUAAAGGACGCAAGCCUUCAGACGGCCUCCCCAUAGUGUCUGGAUUUCUUGUCCCACUACACACCCACUUUGAUUUGUGCUUCAGGGUUUGAAGACUUCAUUGAUAGUGUCCCAUCCCUGUUAUAUAACACUUCUUCGGGCUAAAAUGCUAAUUAUUUUAGCAUUACAUUGGAUUGUGUAUGAAAUGACAAGGUUUGGUUAUUUUUAACUUAAAACAUUAAGUCCAGUAUUUGAAGCUGGCUGUGGUAUGUCGUGCCUAUCGUCCCAGCAUUAAGGACGCUGAGGCAGGAGAGUACCAUAAGCUUCAGACUGGCCUUGGCUCUGUAAUGAACUCCAUGCCAGGAAAUACUUUCUCAAAACAAACAAAGGAUAGCCGAUGUUUGGGUUGUUAAAGAGUCUAUCAGCCUUCUGAUUCUUUGCUACUU